AUGUCAGACUUAAUUGAGCUGCAGAAGAACUAUGUGGUGUCCUUUCUAAACAGCAUCGAGACAGAACAUGGAAUUAAGUUUCUUGUGGUCGACCGGGUGGUCGAUAGGCUGCUGGAGUGCCUCUUUGCAGAGCGCAGCGAAUUGCUGAAGUAUGUGACAGCAGUGGACAUAAUUGACUCCGAGACGCGGUCGGGGCAAGCGUCAGUAGACGUCGUGUACAUGGUCAGUCCGACACGAUACAACAUCAACUGCAUUGAUGCGGACUUCAGUAACGUUCCGCCCAAGUAUCGGAGGCAUCACAUCAGGUUUCUCCCCGGGUUAGACCAGGGGCUGGCGCAGUACCUACACUCGCGGCGGAACCUUUCGCAGUUUAUGGUGUCGCUGGCGGAGAUAAAGUGCGGAUUCUACCCUCGCGAGCAGCAGUACUUUGAGACGAUUGGGAUUGAUCAACCGCUACAGGUCUUUUUCAACGCUCAAUGCACGGACCUGAUCGAGAGAAACAUACGCAGAACGGUCCACAGUCUCCUAAACAUCUGUAUUGUGACUGGAGAAUACCCAAUCGUCCGCUAUUCGGAGCCGAAUCCAGAAGUGUCCGCCUUAAGCCGGCCUACUCUGCUGGCGAAGAAACUCGCCGUGGAGUUUCAAUAUGAACUGGACAACUACGCGCGCCAGCACGAGGACUUCCCACCUGCGAAUUCAAGGCCCCGGUCUAUAUUUAUAAUUGCGAGUCGUGCCCUUGACCUUUUCAGCCCUCUGGUGCAUGAUUUUACCUACCAGUCCAUGGCUUACGAUUUGGUAAAUGAGGUGAACAUGACAACGGACGUGUUCAGCUAUGAGGCUGAGAACGAGAUGGGAGAACGUGAGCAGAAGACAUCCAAGCUUGCUGACCUGGUAGAUCCGGACUGGCUUGAACUCAAGCAUCAACAUAUCGCUGACGCAAGCGAAUACCUGAACAGUAAGAUAAAUGAGAUGAUUGCAAAGAAUCCACUUUUAGUGGACAGAAGUAAGGUGAAGACCACCACUGACUUAUUAAGCGUUGUUGCGCACUUGAAGGAUUUUGACGAAGAGAGAAGAAGGAUAACAGUUCACAAAACUCUAAUCGACCAAUGCUUGGAGACAUCAAAGCAGAGAAACCUGGUUGAAGCAUCCGAAGUUGAGCAGGCUCUUUGUAGUUUCGGUCUCGACAUCGACGGUAACAAGGUCAAGAAUUUCACUGACGAGUUUGUAAACAUGUUAGCAAGUACAAAUGCGUCUACUACGGAUAAGGUUCGUUAUAUCAUAGAAUAUGCGCUUUUCCGUGGGGGAUUGAUCGAGCCUGACCUGGUUAAAUUGUUGGCCUUCAUUGGCAUUGAACCUAACCACAAAUUCUAUAAACAUUUCAUGCAACUCUUCAAGAACUUUGACUUUAUGGGCUUUCAAUUAAUAAAACCACACGUGAAGGACCCGCCAUUUAAAAAGGAAUGGGCACAUAGCACACUGACUAACGAUCCAAAUAUUUAUCAAACUUCUAGAUUUGUUCCUGCUGUUGGGAAUGCCUUGUCCAGUGUCAUCACCAAUCCUCUUUUGCUAAGCGAAGAUUCUUUCCCCUACGUCAAGGAUAAGCCAAUUGAAUUACUGGAUCCAGGUUUGCAAUCAAGUUUACAGGCGACUACAUCUGUAGCUUCUCUGAAAAAUCCAAGACAUAAGGCAGCCUGGGCCAAGACCAACUCUCAGUCAAAGAUCCCGAAGCAACGCUUUUUCUAUUACAUUCUUGGUGGGAUAACACAUGUGGAGCUAAAAGCUGCUAGCACACAGUCACAUAUGAAGAAUAAAGAUGUCUUCAUUGGUAGUGACUCUAUACUAACGCCAUUGCAAUUCAUGCAGGGGGUGGAAAAGCUAUCUGAAAGCAGAGACCACUUAAGAUUAAAAGACGAUAGCACUGAGCCAGUUGAGCCGCCUAGUUUUCUGUUUAGAAGGGCUCCCAAAUCAUCCCCUGUCAAUCAACCCCAAAGGCACCACCUACCUGAACAACCGCGGCCACAGACAUCAGCGGUUUGUUCGGCCCCAACACCUUUGGAAGACGCGAAGGAAAAGGACAAGAGGCGUCACAAGUUUACUAAAUUCCUGAGAAAAUAA